AUGGAGAGUGGAAAAGCGAAAAAGAAAAAAAUCAGAAUCGAAGAUAACAGGAGACCAGAAAGAGAAAGAGUCACGGAGCAAGAAGUGACAGGAAUAACGUUUCACCUGACAUGCAAAAUAAGAAGGGGAGCUCUAGACAGAACGGGCUCUGGAAAUAAGCAGCGUCUGGAGAGGUCAGCACUGACCAAGAGCAAAUUGAAAAAAAGGAUUGAUCAAUUCCGGGACUCUCUGACAACUGUACCAAAGGGCCAGAAUAGCAGAGAGGUUAGCCCGCUGUUCAAGCAGCAAACUAGAGCAGCACGAGACAGAGACAGGGCGAGGACUCUCAAGGCGUUACUGGAGACAAACGCAAAACGGAAUGACGAGAGGCGAGAGUUUUCAGGGAACGAUCUUCAGCAGCUAGUGGACGACACGAGCAAGAUCGGCCAAAAUCUCAAGAUUGCCGAAUACCGCAGUGAGAGGGAGUCAAAAGGGGAAGUUAAAAGUCCUCUGGGGGAGCCGGAAAGAAAACAUCAGAGACAAGAGAUAGAGCCACCACUAGAAAGUGAUUCAGAGGAAGAAAUCCGAAUUCAGUCAGAGGAGCAGGCCAAAGAACUUUUUCAGAAUAGCGACACAGUGGUGACAUCAAAGGGCACCCCAAUAAGAGAAGGUUUAAACUUAGCGGUCAAAAAAGCCAAACACCAUCAGGGUGGUCCAGCGUCGAUAGGACCAAAGUCCCACGAGGAUGUCGUCCUGAAGCAAAAAGUCAAGAAAAAGUCGGCACAGGAAAAGAAAAAAGCUGCAGCAGCUGUAGAAAACCAAGUUUUGACUAGAACAGAGGAGACAGCGAGGACACACGGGGAUAAGCAGCCCCAAGCAGUUCGUCCUCAUAAGCAGCGUCUGGAGAGGUCAGCACUGACCAAGAGCAAAUUGAAAAAAAGGAUUGAUCAAUUCCGGGACUCUCUGACAACUGUACCAAAGGGCCAGAAUAGCAGAGAGGUUAGCCCGCUGUUCAAGCAGCAAACUAGAGCAGCACGAGACAGAGACAGGGCGAGGACUCUCAAGGCGUUACUGGAGACAAACGCAAAACGGAAUGACGAGAGGCGAGAGUUUUCAGGGAACGAUCUUCAGCAGCUAGUGGACGACACGAGCAAGAUCGGCCAAAAUCUCAAGAUUGCCGAAUACCGCAGUGAGAGGGAGUCAAAAGGGGAAGUUAAAAGUCCUCUGGGGGAGCCGGAAAGAAAACAUCAGAGACAAGAGAUAGAGCCACCACUAGAAAGUGAUUCAGAGGAAGAAAUCCGAAUUCAGUCAGAGGAGCAGGCCAAAGAACUUUUUCAGAAUAGCGACACAGUGGUGACAUCAAAGGGCACCCCAAUAAGAGAAGGUUUAAACUUAGCGGUCAAAAAAGCCAAACACCAUCAGGGUGGUCCAGCGUCGAUAGGACCAAAGUCCCACGAGGAUGUCGUCCUGAAGCAAAAAGUCAAGAAAAAGUCGGCACAGGAAAAGAAAAAAGCUGCAGCAGCUGUAGAAAACCAAGUUUUGACUAGAACAGAGGAGACAGCGAGGACACACGGGGAUAAGCAGCCCCAAGCAGUUCGUCCUCGUCAAGAAAAAACAAUCCUAAGAUAA